CUCUCUCUCUCCCAUUCUCUAUAAAUUCAUUCCCCAAAUUUCUUCCACGUCCUUCUCACAGAUAACUGAGAAUCACAAUUCCAAUUCCAUUUCCAAUUCACAACCGAACCGACAGCGACAGCGACAUCGAUAUCAAAAACAAUAACACAAACCAAAAAUACCUUCGAGACGACACACACAGCAAUUGAGGAACAAUCGGCGGAUCGGUGCUUGUUAUUGUUAUGGGGAACGGCGAGGGAAACUACGGCGGCGGCUGGGCGGCGGUGGACUUCUCCGCCCUGCCGGAGGGGUGCAUCGCCCACAUACUCUCCUUCACCACCCCUCACGACGUCUGCCGCUCGGCCUUGGUUUCGUCCGCCUUCCGUGCCGCGGCGGAGGCGGACGGCGUUUGGGACCGCUUCCUCCCGCCAGAGUACCGCCGUGAAAUAUCCGACGCCGUCUCGCACAUUUUUCCUUCCUUCGCCUCCAAGAAGGAGCUCUUCCUCCACCUCUGCCGCUACCCCAUCCUCAUCCACGGCGGCGCUAAGAGCUUUUCACUGGACAAAAGGACAGGGAAGAAAUGCUUCAUGAUCUCUCCAAGACAACUUUCCAUUGUUUGGGGCGAUGCUCCUAGGUAUUGGAGGUGGACCUCUCCUCCUGAAGCCAGUAGGUUUGGGGAGGUAGCGGAGCUAGUGAGCGUGUGUUGGCUGGAGGUGCGGGGUAAGAUUGAGACGGGGAUGCUGUCUCGUGGCACAUUAUAUACAGCCUAUCUGGUGUUCAAGCCCACAACCUCCAACUACGGCUUCCAGCACCAGCCCGUCGAGGUCGGUGUCGGCCUCGUCGGGACCGAAACCCCCAAGCAAGAUGUGUAUUUAGAUGUUGUAGAAAGAGAUCAGUGGCGGCGGCGCCACCAGAUCAUGUCGAGGGGCUUCGGCCUCUUCAACCUCAGCAGACGCCGCAUCAUCGGGACACAAGAACCUGCAAUGUCCCGUGAGGUCACCACCAGGAACGAUGCUGAUGCAGCCACUGCGGAGGGCUACCGUCGCCGGGUCGCCGAAGAGAGGGGGGACGGGUGGCUGGAGGUUCAGCUCGGCGAGUUCUUCCACGACGGGGCCGAGGGGGAGCUGGAGAUGAGUGUCUCAGAGGUGAAGGGUGGGCAUUGGAAGGGUGGUCUACUAAUCCAGGGAGUGGAAAUCAGGCCAAAAGCCUUGAAAACCUGAUGAUGCCAAUAUGAACAAAAAUAAAUAACAAAACAAAACUUUCUAUUUUUUACUGCAAAUGGUGCUUAAUAGUUAAUAUUCAGAAUUGAAGAUAAAGUAGUAAAGCCCGUAUGUAAAUUUUUAGAGUGUUUGUCUUGGGAUUUUGAGGCUGUUUAUGUAUCAGCUUAUAGUGAGAAAUGGUGACCAAAUUAGAGAGAUGGUAAGAUGAAUAGAUUUUAGAGAUCUGUUUGGUAAUGCCUUCUCUCUUCUUCUCUUCUGUGUUAAGUAUAUGGCUCUGCUUUUUACAGUUGUAAAUAUGGAUUAUUUGGGAAUGUAACUUUUUGCAUGUA